CAUGUCCAGCACAUAUUUUAAUGAAAUCUGGCAUCAAUCCCAGCAUGAAUGCGAGCUGCUGUCCACCAUUGACUAUGAGAGGCAGCACCAAGAUGUGGAAACAACGGUGGCCACCAUGAAUGCCACAGUUGGCUCUGUCGCCGCGGAUGCGGAUGCAAAGGCUCUUCUGCAGUCCAGUUUGUAUGAGUUCUAUUUGCGGUACAUUUGUCUCUGCAAUCGUCUGGAAGAUGUAUACGAUAAUAUGAUUCAACCGCAGAAGCGUCAGUUAGUACGCAAGUUGUUGGACGCCUGCCUGGGCCGUGUGGUUGAGCUGAAGCAUGAUCUCGUGAACAUUGACCUCAUGGAGUUCAGCUACAAUGAUGAGGUGGUGGAGCGCUUGCGCCUCACUCCCAUGGAGACGGAGUUGCGGAUUCCCCGCUACUUUCUGCGCGAACGGCAACAAGAGUUGGAGUUUCGCAAGAAAACCAUGCAGGAAAUCCUCGUCAAGCUGGGCUGGCUGGAGGAGCACGAGAUGGAGGAGACGGUGACCACCGAGAUCGAAGCCAUACGGAUGCUGCAGAUGCACGAGAGAGCAAGACAAGGUCGCUUGCGUGCCCACUUCAUGAAGGAGAUCCGCAUCCUUAAGGAAAAGGGUAAAUCGGAGGAGCGGACUGAGAAGGAGCGCAGUGACUCCGGUCUUUUGGCCGCCAUGAAGAUCCAGAAAAUGUGGCGUGGCCACACAGCCAGGCGGAUCACUCGUCGCCGAAAGAUGGAGGAGAUGAUCCUGAUUGGAAUGCUUCCACCACCACCGGCAGUGGUCAAGGAGCGAGCUGAGAAGCUGGAGAAGCUGCAGCACAACGAGAAGCGCUACGAGGCGCAGGUACUUUACGGAAAACAAUUUGAGGAGCGGCAGCGUGCUCUGCAGGAGGAGAUUAGGUCCAAGCAUGGAGCCAGUAUGAAGGAGGACAUUGCCGAUGAAAUUCGGGCCUGGGUGAAGGAUUGUUACGACAAAACGGGCAAGCUGCCGGACUUUCCCUCCGAGGAUCAGGGCGGUUCGCUCCACAUCUUCAGCAGACCUGGAACUGAGAGCGAGCACAGUCGCUCCUCGGCACGUUCCUCUAAGGAGUCGCGGAAAACGAAAGAUAAGUCGAAGUCACCAGCCCGUAGCGGCGACCUCAACGUCAAUGAAAAUCAGGAGGAGGAGGUCAGCUUCCAGCCAGCGCCUUCCGUUUGCCUGCCAGAUAUUCGAGCGGAAAUAGAUCUCUUCAACGACACCUGGCGCGACAAGGAUGAAACAGGUGUGCUUAGCCAGGCGGCCUACGAGGAUAUGAUCUACAGUGACAAAUACCAGGAGGUGGAGUUGGAGUUCCGUCGCGCAGUUGACGACGUGAUGCGCCAGGAAAUCGAGCUCCUACAGACGGCCGUUGGAAAGAAGGUAAAGAAGAGCAGCAAGAAGACGCGACGAUCCGGCAAGAAGAGCAAAAAGAAGAAGGAGAAGGAUCUGACACCCGAUCGCACGACGGAGUCGCUUUAUGAGGAGCUAGUCACUAAUGGCAUCAUUCGGAAAUACCCCAAACUAAGGAUAAAACAGUUCCUGGGCGACAAGGCGCUAACUGCUCGAAACGGCACAAAUCCCUCGCCUGGUGACAUCCGACAAAUCUUGAUUGAGUAUUGCAUCCUUCCCCUCGGCUCGGAUGCCAUCCACAAUUGCACGCCGCUCAUACGCUCCAUUUUGCUAGCUGGACCCAGGGGAUCUGGGAAGAAGGCCCUGCUCCACGCCAUUUGCACGGAGGUGGGAGCGGUGCUAUUCGAUUUGACACCAGCUAAUAUAGUGGGAAAGUAUCCUGGCAAAUCGGGUCUGAUAAUGCUUAUUCACUUGGUACUGAAAGUGUCAAGAUUGCUGCAGCCUGCAGUUAUAUAUAUGGGUGAUGCGGAGCGACCCUUUAUGAAGAAAAUCCCCAAGACGGAUCGCACGGAUCCCAAGCGGUUGAAAAAGGAUCUUCCCAAGCUAAUUAAGAAUAUUGCACCUGAGGAUCGAGUUAUUUUCGUGGGCACCUCAAAUUUGCCCUGGGAAGCAGACCAAAAGCUGCUGCAGUCCGUCUACAAUCGGUUUAUCUAUAUUCCACGACCAGAUUACGGAGCCAUGUCGCAUGCCUGGAAAACAUUGUUGCAUGAUUACUCCGGUGGCAUUUCCAAUCUUGACACCAGCGCCAUGGCCAAGAUAUCCGAUGGCUAUACCAUUGGAUCUAUAGAUGCCUGCCUUAAGGAAGUGAUGACCUGCAAGCGAAAACUACAGCUUCGGACACAACCACUUACCAAUGCUGAACUUAUCAAUGUUCUGUGCUCUCGUGAUCCGGUCUACCGCGAGGAGGAAGAGGCCUUCGAGUCCUGGUGGUCCAAAACGCCUCUGGGUCGCCGUCGUCAACGAUUUUUGGAGUUGGAGGAGGAGCGUUUACUUGAGGAGCAGGCUCAGGCAGCCAAACAGGGAAAUGGCAACAAAAAGAAGGGUCUUAACUAAAAAAGUCAAAAUGGCUUACAUCGUAUUUAAGCAUAAAGUUACAUAUUCGAAAAACAUUUUGCAA